GCUGGCAGAGGGGCGCAGGGAGCGGCUGGUCUGCAGCCAAUGGCGAGCGCUGUGUAGGACGGCAUUGUGGAGAGCCAGGGAUUUUAGCGCGGGCACCAGUCGGCGUUUGACUUGAUCCAUAUGUUCCUCUCAUAGCGUCAAAGGGAUAUCCGAAACGACUGUUUUCACUUGCAAAUUUCCCUUGCUAAAUAUUGCUGACAGGCACCAUGACCGACAGGAAGGCUGUGAUCAAGAACGCUGACAUGUCUGAAGACAUGCAGCAGGAUGCAGUGGACUGUGCCACGCAGGCCAUGGAGAAAUACAACAUAGAGAAGGACAUUGCCGCAUACAUCAAAAAGGAGUUCGAUAAGAAAUACAAUCCUACGUGGCAUUGCAUUGUGGGAAGGAACUUCGGCAGCUACGUGACCCAUGAGACGAAACACUUCAUCUACUUCUACUUGGGCCAGGUGGCCAUUCUCCUCUUCAAGUCUGGCUGAGUCCAGGCCAAACCAGACCGUAGAAUGUAUCUCCAAUGAAGACUGUGAUGCACUGGUCGCUGAUGUCAUAUACGAAUAUUAAACAAGACCAUACCAUGACUAUGCUGGCUGUGCACAACUGCAUGGAUUGUGUCCCAUACUACUUGUGUACAUGUUGCAGUUAAAUUGCUUUUCAUUAGAGGCCCAAGUUUUUGUUAAUGGUCCUUGCAGGUUUUUCCUAGCACAUAUGUUGUAAAAAU